AUGAAAGCACUUCCGCUGCUCGGCACGUUCGCGGUCUUAGUCGCCGGCCAGGAUGCGAAUAGCGUGAUGAUGUUCCCGUCCAACGGAAAUGGCUCGUCCUCGGCGGAGACAGUGGGGAGUAAGAUCGAGUCGGUGCCUCAGCCGGAUAUGACGCGCGGGAUGUUCUCUGGGAACCUCCUGCCGCCGCAACCGCCGCAGCCGAUGUUGCCCUCGGAUUACUUUUUCCCCGCGCCUCAAAGAGCGUUUUUGCAUCACAGGAGCGAAAAUGUACCGUACGUGUAUGAGUACCCUAAUAUGGGGUAUCCGGUGGCGCAGUCGGUGGAGCAUUCCAUCGUACCGUCGUCGAAACAGCUCGUGAUAGUCAGUUUCAUCGGGCUGUUAUUGCUGUUGGCGAUUAUACAGAACACGCUGAGCUCCGUUAAGCGGAAAGACGCGAUAAUGGAUUUAUUAGCGUCCAGGCAAAAACGGGACGUCUACGCAACCCGCGAUUUCGGUUCCGUGACCCCGGAGGAGGAAGAGAUUCUUAAUAACGAUGCGAGAGUACGGUGCAUACAAAGGACGAUCUGUCUCGAGAAUCGCAAACUCUUCAGAGACUUGGGCGCGCCCGGCAAAAUGUUGGCGAGGUACCUGACAACCGGAAUAGAGAAGUCGCUGAAGUCGUCCUCAGGCUGGGACCGUCUCGUGAGGGAUGCGGGCGCAGCGGGAAUUCGAGGCGAGGACUGCGAUGUGCUUUAUAGAGACUGCGACGUACCCGUGGCGGGGAAAAAGCACAAAGUUUCGGAGAACGUCUCGGCAAACACGAAAAAUCCCGGUGGCCCGACUCGUUAGUCGUCGGAAGCUCUGCGAGGAGCUGCUUUCGUGCG